AGUGACGACCACAUAAAGAUGAUCCCCACCGACCAAAUUGUGAUGAGAUGAUAGCGGCGUGCGUGACUGUUGAGCAAAUGGGAAUUUUUUGCUUUUUCUGAGUUGUAUUCCAGUCGUCCUUACAACCCAUAACCGCCUAUUCAAUUUACUCUCUCCCAUCGUCACUUGCUUUGUCCAAAUCCUAUACUCUUUCCCUCCUCCUCACAACACUCUUUGCCCCUUCAAAAACUAACCCCCCGAAUGGAAAGUAGAAGCAACAUUCAAUUCCAUACAUUCACUUCAACUUCAACUUCAUCCUUUCUUUAUAUACUUCUGCUUCUUUCUUUCUCUUUCCAUGGAGGCUGAGGGUCUGUCAACAACAAUGGAGAAAGGAUUUAAGGGGUUAGUCAGGUUAAUGGGUUCUGUCAAGAAUUACGAUUGGGGACGUCCCGCGAAGGAAUCUUGUGUUGCACGACUGUAUAGGCUCAAUUCUGGCGGGAAAAUCGAUGAAAAUCAGCCAUACGCCGAGUUUUGGAUGGGAACCCAUGACUCUGGGCCGUCCUAUGUUGUGGAAGAAGGAAGAAGAAGUGAGAAUGGAUAUGCUAAUGGCGGGGGAAUUAGAGAGAAAUGUACUUUGAAAGAUUGGAUUGAGAAGAACCCUAGUGUACUUGGUGAAACUGUUCUUAUCAAGUGGGGUACCCAACUUCCCUUUCUCUUCAAGGUACUCUCUAUUGAGAAAGCUUUAUCUAUACAAGCGCAUCCGGACAAGGAUCUGGCGAUCCUUCUGCACAAGGAGCAGCCACUAAUCUACAAGGAUGACAACCACAAACCUGAGAUGGCUUUGGCCUUGACCGAAUUUGAGGCCUUGUGUGGCUUCAUAAGUCUUGAGGAGCUUAAAGUAAUUGUUCAGACUGUGCCUGAGAUUGUUGAAGUGGUUGGUAAUACGCUUGCAGAACGAGUAUUGGACUUGAAUGAAGAUGAUGAAGAGGAGAAGAUUAAAUCAGUGCUCAGAAAAUUAUUUACGGAGAUGAUGUCAGCCAGCAAGGAUGUGAUCAAGGAAGUGCUUGCUAAGCUGAUUAGUCGUCUAAACAUUAAAAAUAAGGUAAGGGAGCUGACCGACAAGGAACAACUGGUCCUAGGACUUGAGAAGGAGUAUCCAGCUGAUGUUGGUGUUUUAGCUGCAUUCUUGUUUAAUUACGUGAAGCUCAAUCCUGGGGAAGCUUUAUAUUUAGGGGCAAAUGAACCCCAUGCAUAUGUAUAUGGCGAGUGUGUUGAAUGUAUGGCAACCUCGGACAAUGUGGUACGCGCUGGCCUAACUCCCAAGCACCGGGAUGUUAGAACUCUCUGUUCAAUGCUCACGUAUAGACAGGGUAACCCUGAAAUUCUGCACGGUACAGCAAUAAAUCCGUACACAAUGAGAUACCUCCCUCCUUUUGAUGAAUUUGAGGUGGAUCGUUGCAUUCUUCCUCCGCAUUCAACUGUUGCCUUCCCUUCUGCUCCCGGUCCGUCCAUGUUUGUGGUCAUGGGAGGAGAGGGAACAAUGACCACAUCAGCAGAGGCGAUUGUUGCUGAAGGUGAUGUCCUAUUUGCACCUGCAAACACCAAUAUUACCAUUGCAACCUCCUCUGGUUUGCACUUGUAUAGAGCAGGUGUAAACAGCAGAUUUUUUGAGGAAUGAUAGUUGUAGGCUUGUAGCCCCUUAUGUUUGCUAAUAAAACAGUGAGUUUCUGUUACAAUGGCUGUUCCAUCUUGUAUUAUUCGCAUGUGCAGGUAUAUAACCGCUUCUAGUAGUGUAGUUUUGUAAGUCAAAAUAUUAUCGGGAAGGUGGAAAUUUUGCUGUACUUUGUCUCUUCUAUUGUCUAAUAUCAACUUUAUGAAAACAGAGAUCCCAAGGAUGAGAAAAGUGCAAACGCAAGAAAAAGAGUUGUACUCAAAACUGGGACUAGGUAGGGUAAGGUUUGCAUCUACUCCCACCAUUCGGGAUCAUACUAGAUAUGUUAUUAAAUUGGGAUCAUCCUGGGUAUGUUGUUGUUAGAUUCAUGAUGACUUGUUAGCAUCCAAAUUCCAUC